AUGGCUGACAACAUUCCUAUAGGGUUUCGUUUUAGACCCAGUGAGGAAGAACUGAUCUCCCUACUUUGGCUGAAGGUUACAAACCAGCUUGAUGAAACGGACCAUGUGAAGGAGAAAAUACUUUACGGCGAAGGUGCAGAACCGUGGGAUGUUUUGGGGGAUGAUGAUGUUCGUUGGCAAUUCUGUGAUAAUAGCGGAAAAGGGGCUAGUACGAAAAGAAUGGUCUAUGUCUUUACCAAGUUGAGGAAAUUGAGCGCCAAGAAAACUGCGAGAACGGCUGGUUUGGGGACGUGGGACGGAGAAACGAAGUCGUACCCAGUUGAGGGUAUGAUUACUGGUGAGAAAAUUGGGUCAAGGAAGAUGCUAAGUUAUGUUCUGAAUUCUGGUUCAAUAGGGGUGAAAGGUGGCUGGAUAAUGCACGAGUAUUCGCUGGAUGGUGCAUCAUUGAAUGGGUUAAACAGCAGUCAUAAUACUGAUUAUGUUCUUUGUAGGAUAAUAAAGGAUGAUUCUAAGUAUACCAAAGUCAAAGAAUCUGCAAAGAAAGGAAAGGUUGCCAAAGAAAAGGAGGUUGGAAACCGCGGAUGCCGUGAAGUUGUCCUGGGCAAGGGAAAGAUGAAUCUUGAACAAGAAAGUUCACAAGCGAGUAAGAAGUCAUGUAACAAUCCAAUGGAUGAGUUGCCUAAUUUGGUUAAUUGUGAGUAUGAUGGAUACACAAGAAGCCUACAAACAUAUACAGGUUUGUUGGAUGAUGUUGUGCAGCCAAUCAUCUGUUGGAAUGGCGACCCUUACUUGGGAUCAGUUCCUGAUAUGGUGCACUGUUCCCUUAGAAAUUAA